AUGACCGUCGAGUCGGGCGUCGAUGCCCUUCGCGAGGCUCACGGCCCAAGCGACCAUGGCGAGGAGGACGUAGACGAUUUUGGCGACUUUGAAGAGGGCGACGAGCUCGCCCCGGCCGCGGAAACGGAGGCGAAGCCUGAGCCGAGCGAGCCAGGUGUGGGCUCGCUGCCCCUGUCUGACGACCCGGAGGACGCGGCGCUGAAUGACGGCGUGCGUGCACUCCUUCCCCCCGACUUUUUUGACAUGCGCACACCAGGUGAAGGUGUCGCGCCGAACAUUGCCAUCGAGGGCAUGCGCCUAGUCGAAGGCCCCUCGCAAAUUCUGGUGUCAGAGCAGAUCCGCGCGCUCUACCGCGCGCUACAAGUGGACAACUGGCGCAGAUCGUACACGCGGCGGCAGUCGCUCAUUGCGCUGGGCGUGCCCAUCAACCUCGACGAAGUGACGCAAGAAGUGCUCCCGCCGCUGGAGCUGCAUAUCCCUACGCCGGCGAGGCCCGCGGCCGCUGGUACAGACACGCCCAGCGCGCCGCCGCAGCGCGUGGAUACCCAGAAGCCCGAGACGUGGGGCGAGCGGCGGCGGCGCGAGCUCAAUCUGGUGGAGCCGGAGGUGCCGAUGCACCGCAUCGAUGUGCUGCGGCAAAUCUCAGAGGAAGAUAUCAAGCUCAAGACGCAGCCGGAACUGCGCGAGCUUCUUCGUGAGAUGGACGGACUUUCUACGCAACUGGGCGAGGCACUGCAGUACUACUUGACGCUGCGUGACGCAUUCGCAUCCGAUGGCGAAAUAUACAACGGCAUGAUCCGCGAUCUCGUGGCCGGCGCCUCGCACAAGCAGGCCGCGCGUGCCAAGACAGAGAAGCGGGGCGGGCUCAUGCGCCGCGGGUCGCUGCGCAGUGACAGCGGGUCGCGCCCGGGCACGCCCCAGGCCAAGUAG